GGAAGAGAGGGGGAGUCCUCCACUUCUUCCUCGCCAUGACCAAUAGUACUUCUCUCUGCUUGUCCUGACAUCUUGUCGGAUACCAGUUGAUUUGCCUGGCUCUUUUCCCUGCCAUUGGGUAAUGGAGGGAGCCAAAGCCGAGUUUGCGGCAGGCGGUGAGAAGGACAAGACUGAUGGAAAAGAGGCGGUUCAUCUGAGGAGAACUAUCGGCCUUCUGCCAGCCGUCUCCUUCAUCUUUGGCACAGUGGUAGGCAGUGGCAUCUUCAUCGCGCCCAAAGGUGUUUUGAUGAACAGUGGCAGUGUGGGGCUCUCCCUUCUGGUCUGGACUCUGUGUGGAGUUCUCUCAACAUUCGGGGCCCUUUGUUAUGCUGAGCUUGGUACAACUUUCACAAAGUCUGGAGGGCAUUAUACCUACUUACUGGAGACCCUGGGGCCGUUACCUGCCUUUCUACGACUCUGGGCUGAGUUCAUAUUCAUCAGGCCAGCUGUUGCAUCUUAUGUCUCACUAGCGUUUGGUCGCUAUGUGGUGGAGCCCAUCUUUGCUCCAUGUACAGCACCUACAGUACUGGUGAUGCUGGUUAGCAUCCUCGGAAUCACCUUUGUGGUAGCAGUUAACUGCUGGAGUGUGACUCUGGCCACUCGGACACAGGUCACACUGACCGUGAUCAAGACGUUCGCGCUGAUACUCAUUGUCAUUCCAGGAGUCAUGGCACUUGCACAAGGAAAGACAGAACAUUUUCAUAAUGCAUUUGAAUCUGACUCCCUUGUCCUCACCAAGCUGCCUCUAGCAUUUUACUCAGGCUUAUAUGCUUAUGGUGGAUGGUUUUACUUAAACUAUGUCACCGAGGAAGUGAUAAACCCAAACAGAAACAUCCCAUUGGCAAUCACCAUCUCCAUGGUGACAGUGACGGUGUUAUACGUACUGGUCAACAUUGCUUACUACACAAUGAUGUCUGCAGACGAGCUGUUGAUGUCUGAGGCAGUGGCCGUGACGUUUGCCAACCGUGCCAUCAAAAGUGUAUCCUCGUUGAUACCCAUCCUGGUGGCAGCCUCCUGCCUAGGGGCUCUUAAUGGUGGAUUCUUUGGAGUGUCAAGGAUGCUGUUUGUGGGGGGCAGGGAGGGCCACUGGCCGGCUCUCUUCUCCAUGAUCCACAUCCGCAGACAGACACCGCUACCAGCUGUGCUGUUCAUGUAUCCAAUGGUGGUUUUUAUGGUGAUAAGAUCAGGGGACAUCUACCAGCUCAUCAACUUGGCCUCCUUCUCCCGCUGGCUCUUUAUUGCCAUGGCAACCUUGGGGAUGCUCAUUCAUCGGUAUCGUUUCCCCCAGCAUCCAAGGCCCUUCAAGGUGCCCUUGGCUAUUGCAGUUAUCUUUACCCUGGUUUGCUUCUUCAUCGUGGGCCUGUCUCUCUACUCUGACCCCUGGAACACGGGGGGCAGCUGUGCCCUCACCCUGUCAGGAGUUCCCGUGUAUUAUCUGACUGUGAAGCGCCAGAGCCUUCCACCUCGCUUGAGGCGUGCCUUUGACUACAUCAGCAGGCAGCUCCAGAUCCUCAUGGAGGUGGCACAGCAAGAGGUCCAAACCUACUGAGGGACGGUCCCUGAUUGAAACUGAAGAAUGGAGUCAGAGAAGAUCAGUGGAGCACCAGAUAUCAAAGAGCAUAGCUCAUGGCCAAUAUGACAAUGCAAAUGAAGUCUUCAGAGCACCUGUCGAGCUUUCAAUUUUCUAUUCAUUUUAAAACCAUAUUGUCUUUUUAAUAAAUAAAAAAGGA